AUGCCAACGUUCCGCAGGCCCUUACUCGCCGCUAUCUGCUUCAUCGCCUUCAUCUUCCUCAUUCGCUCGAGUCGACCAGCCGAGGUUCCUGGGGCACCUGGCUAUCAACCCGCACAAGAGAUAUUCAGCGAGGAACAGGAUAGGCUAUUACAUCUGAAGAAAAAGGCAAAAGCUCGACAGCAGCAAGCCCUCUCCUACGGUAAUGCACCACUACGCGAACGCCUGCGAUACCAAUUCCCCUACGACCUGCGAAGCCGAUUCCCCGCAUAUAUUUGGCAAACGUGGAAAUAUACCCCAUCGUCGAUAUGGUUUGGAGACAGCCUUCGUGCGUCCGAGGCAAGUUGGACAGAUUUACAUCCGGGAUUCACGCAUGAGGUAAUUGCGGAUGAUACGCAAAGGCAUCUGGUCCAGUACCUGUACGGAUCUCUCCCAGAUGUCUUUGAAGCCUACGAUGCCUUGCCGCUCGCGGUCAUGAAGGCCGAUUUCUUCCGAUACCUGGUUCUGCUCGCCCGGGGUGGAAUUUACAGCGAUAUCGACACUUUUGCUCUCAAGCCAGCCCCGUCCUGGCUGCCCGACGAACUUGACCGAUCCAAGGUGGGCUUUGUCGUUGGCAUUGAGGCCGAUCCAGACCGUCCCGACUGGCAUGAUUGGUACUCGCGCCGCAUUCAAUUUUGCCAAUGGACUAUCGUCUCGAAACCCGGUCAUCCGAUCCUACGCGACAUGGUUGCAUAUAUCACGGAAGAGGCACUCCGCAUGAAGAGGGCUGGUAUCCUCAAGGUGGGAAAAAUGGAUAAGACCGUGAUGGAGUUUACGGGACCGGGUGCGUGGACAGAUGCGAUUUUCCGCUACUUCAACAACCCCGAGUACUUCCAUAUUCUGUCCGGGGAGAAGAACGUCACGUACGAGGACUUCAGUGGCCAGACUACCCACCGAAAGAUGGGAGAUGUGGUGGUCUUGCCAAUCACGAGUUUCAGUCCGGGCGUUGGGCAAAUGGGUGCCGAGGACACUGAUCACCCCAUGGCUUUCGUGAAGCAUAACUUUGACGGUAUGGCUACUCGUUAA